AAAUUUUCGAACACACCCCAUACCCUGAGUUAAAUGCUGAUUUCGGUUAUGUGCACUUGAUUAUUUUUUUGUUUAUAUUUAUCGUGUAAAAUUUGCAUUUUUCGAGAUGUAUCUGGUUGGAUUGACAGGCGGCAUUGCUACAGGAAAAAGCUCAGUCGCUGCUAUCUUUCGGGAGCAUGGAAUUCCUGUUAUAGAUGCCGAUUUAAUUGCACGGAAAGUUGUCGAACCAGGAAAGCCAGCAUGGUAUAAGAUACAAAAGGAAUUUGGACCAGAUGUGUUUUUGGAUACCAAAUACUUGGACAGAACAAAACUCGGCGAUUUAAUAUUUAACGAUGUUGAAAAGAGAAAGAAACUUAAUGCCAUUACACAUCCUGAUAUAUAUAAGGAAAUAUAUUGGCAAACUAUUAAAUACUUGCUACAAGGCUAUCCAUUUAUAGUUUUAGACCUACCAUUGCUUUUUGAAACAGGACAUAUGUUAAAUUACUUGCACAAAAUUAUAGUUGUAACAUGCGAAGAAGAUCUUCAAUUACAACGUUUAAUGGAACGUAGCGGAUUUACAGAAGCUAAGGCAAAAGUAAGAAUAGCUGCACAAAUGUCUUUAGAGAAGAAAGCAGAGAUGGCAAAUUUUGUAAUUGAAAAUUCGGGUAGCGAAAGCGACACUAGGGAACAAACUAUAAAAGUGAUUAAUGUAUUAAGAUGUUCUAAGCAUCAUUGGAAAUUGCGUUUUUUAGUCGGAUUUUGUUGUACUAUAUUGGUAGCUGGCACGUACUGGUUAAGAAACAGAAGCUCCAGAUCUUUAUCUUCUACAGCAUAAAGUUAUUUACCAUUACAAUUAAUCAGUAAAUAAAUUUCUUCUGUUGUAAAUUUAUUAGUUACAUGAUAAAAGCAAAUAUGUGUUUAGUUAUAUUAUACAGCGACAGGUUCGCAAAACAAAAUAAAAUUUUUAGAAUAGAUAAUAGUGGUUUACAAAAUAGAAUCACUUUUGCUAAAAAAUUUAAUAAAUUAU